UGAAAUCUCUGUUUGAUUUGCUGUAACAUGUAAAGCGAAACUGGGACAUUUUACUUUACAGUCUAUUAAAGGUUGAACAAAACUUAAAAGAAGCAGCGGUUCUAUUCACUUGUUCUUGGACUUGAAACUCCUUUGACCUCGGAAACUGAAGAUGAGGUUGCCAUGGGAACUGCUGGUACUGCAGUCAUUCAUGUUGUGCCUUGCAGAUGACUACACACUGCAUGGCCCUGUUUUUAUUCAAGAACCAAGUCAUGUGAUGUUCCCUUUGAAUUCUGAGGAGAAAAAGGUGAAGCUCAACUGUGAAGUUAAAGGGAAUCCAAAACCGCAUAUCAGGUGGAAAUUAAAUGGAACAGAUAUUGACAUUGGUGUGGAUUUCCGCUACCGUGUUGUUGAAGGCAGCUUGUUGAUCAAUAACCCCAAUAAAACCCAAGAUGCUGGAACGUACCAGUGCAUAGCAACAAACUCAUUUGGAACAAUUGUUAGCAGAGAAGCAAAGCUUCAGUUUGCCUAUCUUGAAAACUUUAAAACAAGAACAAGAAGCACUGUGUCUGUCCGUCAAGGUCAGGGGAUGGUACUACUGUGUGGCCCACCAGCUCAUUCAGGAGGUAAACUAUAA